CAUAUCUAAUUAUUAAUUCCAUGGAGCUCAACAGCCCUUUCUCUGUUUCCUUCAUAGCCUUUUUUCUUUUUCUCAUCAUCUUAUUCAAGUUUCUUAAAAGAUCAUGUUCCAAUUUACCCCCCGGACCAUGGACACUUCCUCUCAUAGGAAACUUACACCAAAUUGGAGGUUCAAUGCCUCAUCACAGCUUCAGAAAACUGGCAAACAAGUAUGGACCCUUAAUGCACCUAAAACUAGGAGAGGUUUCCCACAUCAUAGUCACUUCACCAGAAAUUGCAAAACAGGUUAUGAAAACAUAUGACCUUAACUUUUGUGACAGGCCAAACCUUCUUUUGUCCUCAGUUACUUCAUACAAUUUCACAGACAUAGCUUUUGCUCCAUAUGGAGAAUACUGGAGGCAGCUUAGAAAGAUUUGCACUAUAGAGCUGUUAAGUGCAAAGCGUGUGCAAUCAUUCAGCUUCAGGUCCAUAAGAGAAGAAGAGGUGUCUGAACUUGUUAAAGCAAUAGCUGCUAGUGAAGGAUUGGUUGUUAAUCUCAGUGAGAAGAUUUUCUCUCUAACAUAUGGAAUAACUGCACGUGCAGCUUUUGGGAAGAAAAACAAACACCAAGAUGUGUUCAAAUCAAUUACUGAGGAACAGUUGAAGCUGUUAGGGGGGUUUUGUCUUGCAGAUCUCUAUCCUUCUAUUGGAUUAGUACUUCGAAGGAUGAGUAAAGUGAAGGUAAUCGGCAUGUGUUUUUUGGUUACAGAGUUUAAAAGAGUCUCAUAAAACAAUAAGCGCU